ACAACUAAUAGUUCCACAUGAGCCGUUAUAGUAGAAAAUAAUAGUCGAAGUACAAUGAUUACAAAAUAUAAAUAAUUAUCCUUGAAGGAUCCGCAUAAAUGAAACGUUCCGUUUCUUGUUUUUUCUUUCAAACAUGCAUUCGAAAGGGAUGAUUAAUGCAAGAGGUGAACUCCCGCAACUCAUCAGAUCCACUCUCGCGUACGCAGGGAAACACUCCAGGGAAAAUAUGAGAAAGAGAAACGAGUUUUUCUAAGGGUUCUGUAAAUCCUUCGAGAUGCGUUUUGGCACCAGUGACCGGGGUGGUUCUGGUUCUAUAUUGUGUGCGCAUUUGUUGACGUUCCUUGUAUUAGGGGGUUGUUUGGGGAACCCGGAACCAUCACCCAAUCAACGUGCACCUCUUUCAUCACGCACCGUAAGGACCAAAUACGGGGACGUGAGUGGUGUGAUCAUAACGUUGGAUUCGCGUCAUUUGGAACCCGUCGAAGUGUUUCGUGGUAUACCUUACGCUAGUCCCCCUUUGGGGAGCUUACGAUUUAUGCCGCCGGUAACGGGUGCUCUAUGGUCGGGUGUGAAAAUUGCGGACAAGUUUAGUCCUGUGUGUCCCCAGAGAUUGCCCGAUAUUCGUAACGAAACUGCCGCGCUUAAAAAGAUGCCCCGAGGUAGACUGGAAUAUUUAAAGAGAUUGUUACCGUAUUUGCAGAACCAAAGUGAGGAUUGUCUCUACCUCAACAUUUAUGCUCCAGCUCAAG